AUGGAAACUCAGAUGCAGCGCAGGCCAGGCAGGAGAGGGAACGAUGGGGCUAAGCAUAAGAGACAAAAGAAACAUAAACCAGGAGAUGGUUUCUCAGCAAAUAAUUUAUUCCCAGGAGAAGAAGAAAGUGAAAUUGAGACUGAGCAGAUAUCUGCUGUUGAUUAUGAGCGUGGUGAAGAAGAAGAAGAGAGAGAAGUUUAUGAGGAAGAAAGUAAUGAACAGCAAGAUAUAUUAGUUGAAGAUGAUCUGAACAAUAAUAGGAUUGAGCAUAAAUCUGGAGUGCAAGAAUGGCCAGAUGGUUCUUGCUAUAAAGGCGAAUUUUCAUUUGAUUUAAAACUUGGAUAUGGAGAAUUUGCCUGGAACAAUGGUGAGAGAUACAUAGGGCAAUUUUAUAAAGAUCACCGUCAUGGCAAAGGAAUUUACUUUUGGCCUAAUGGCUCCAGAUUUACAGGUUCAUUUUAUCUUAAUCGUAAAGAAGGGUAUGGGACCCUAGAGUUUGUGGAUGGAAAACAAUUUCAGGGGCUUUACAAGGCUGAUGAGCGUUUUGGACCAGGAAUUGAAACUUAUCCAGAUAAUAGGCAAGAUGUUGGCUUGUGGCAUCGAAACCAUAUUAUUAAACUAUGUACAGAAAUUCCUGAGCAUUUUACUCUUCUUGAUUUCCCAGAACUCAGUAUUUAUUCUGAUGCUCAGUCUAAAGAACAGUAUAUUUCAGAGGAAAGCACUUCUUUAUGGGACUUGAAUGAAGAAACGGAUCCAUUUUUCUACAGAUUCAAACGUCUUCUCCUAAAUGAUGACAACUAUACAUUGCCUGCUGAUAUGUAUAUAUAUUCAAUUGAUGCAGAUAAUCUUCCUCUUACUCAAUCCUUCUUAAAAGAGUUUGAUUUUCAAUAUUUUAAGAAAAGAAAACACCACUCUUCUGAAAAACCAUGGCAAAUAACCAACAUAACCCCUAUUCUGGUUAAGAUGCAGACAAACAUAUAUAAGUAUAGGCAUUGCCAGAGUGACAUAGACUUGGAUAUUAAUGCCAUUAUCAAAGGCAACCGGUAUGAUUUUGGAGCUAAAGGUCCCAAAGAGCUUAUUGCUGAAGAACUGAUUGAGAAAUCAGCAGAAGGAGACUAUAGAAGAGUUUAUGAAAUUCUGAGGGACAAUCUGGCCCAUCCUGAUGUAGCAGAUAUGAGUGGAUAUACUGCUCUUUCUGCUGCUGCUUUGAAUUAUCACGAAAACAUCAUCAACCUUCUUCUAGAUUGUGGAGCUGAUGUGAAUAAAUGCAGUGAUGAAGGACUAUCAACUUUAUCCAUGUGUGUUGUUCACUAUUUCCCUGCAGAAGGAUUUCAGCCCAAUAUUGCUGAAAGGAAUAUCUUUUUAAAAGAAUUAGAAGACCUCCUUGAAGAAAUGUCUAAGGAAUCUGUACCAUUAUCACGGUCAGAGAUCUCUCAAUUAUCUGAAGCGAGUACAAAUGCUACCACCCCAGUAUCAGUUGAAGCGUUGCCAUUGUUACUUGAAAAAACAGAAUUUUUCCCAGAUGUUGAAAUUAAGUCAUCGGAGUCAACAGACAAUGGAGAUCGGAACUCUGGGACAAUUUGUGGUGUUUACAACUACAAAAUGAAGAUUUCUCCAGAAACUAUGCAUCAUGGUGCAGUUGUUCUUAGUCAACAUAUGUUGCAAACUCACAGUUACCCAGACAUUGGGGAGAUUGUUCAACAGGAAGGCACCUUAAGGAAAAUGGCAGUAUCAUUAACAGAACAAAAAAAGAAAAUGUCUAUAAUUAAAGUGCUCCUAAGGAGAGGUGCUGAUCCAAAUAUUUGCAGAAUUCCUAUGCCUGUACUGUUCUUUGCUGUUAAAUCUGCUGAUGCAGAAGGUGUGCGAAUACUUCUAGAAGCUGGAGCAAGGACUGACAUACAACUUCCAACCAAAUUUGGAGGUGUGACUCCUCUUCAUAUUGCUGCUGCCCUUCCUGGUGCAGAAGGGAUUGUAAUCACAGAAUUACUACUUCAUGCUGCUGCAGAUCCUGAUGUCAGGGCAGAAGAUGAGAAUGAUAUAUUCCAGCUAGAUAAGAUUGCAAACAAGUUUGAUGUUGGUGAAUCAGUAUCUUCCAUGAAAAUGAAUAAUGAAAUUGGACCACCCAAAAGUUACUACAGAGAAUGUACUAUUGUCCCAGAGGAAGGUGGGAGGACACCUCUUCAUAUUGCCUGUGAGAGGGAAGACAAUUUUACAAAUACUGGAAAAGUUAUUAAUCUUCUGUUAGAUCACAAUGCAAAUCCAAAUGUCUUGUGGAGUGGCCAUUCCCCUCUUUCACUAGCAGUUGCUGGUGGAAAUGAACAGGCAGUAGCUGAACUUCUGGCUGGUGGAGCUGACCCAAAUCUACCUUUAAGUCAAAGUAUUGGAAGUGCCUUGUGUGCUGUUGUUAAUCCUCCAUAUGAACAGCGUGGGACAAUAGCAGCUAAGAUGGCGAUGAUUGAUACUCUAAUAGCAGGAGGUGCAGAUAUGUUGCUGCCAAUUGCUCUUGUUGAUGAGGGUAGAACUGCAAUGGGGACAGUUCUGGACUAUGCAUAUUUCAAAUAUUAUCAGGAUAAAAGACUGUUGCAUACUCCCCUCCAUUCUCUGUCACCAAUAGAGAGGGAAACAUGUGCAUUUCGACGAAAGAUGCUGGAGUUUCUCAGUGACCGGGUUCGUGAGACUGUUAUUGAAAAAGAAAAACAGUGGGAUGAAGAAGAACUUAGGAAAAUCAAAAUUGGUGAGUCCAAAAAGAAAUCUGUAAAUCCCCUUUUAGGACCAUUACCAGAAACAGAUGCAUCAAAGUUGCUCUUUUUUAAAUACUGCUACCAGUGUGGACGAUCUGUUGGUAUGACCCUUUCCCCUUGUCUACAUUGUUAUGAGAUCUUCACUUGUAGCAAGUCUUGCAAAGUCAAGGCUUGGAAUGACCGGCAUAAGCGAGAGUGUUUACAAACAGUGAGACUACGCAAAGCCAGCAUUAAAUCAAAAGUGACUGUUCAAUACCUAAAAUCAAAGGACAGUAAAGCAAAGAAACAAGCAACAGCCAGUCAUAAAAAGGAAGACAUAGAAAAGUGGAAACAUCAUAGAAGACGACGAAGUGCUGUGCAGGCUAGCAGUCACGCAGAUCUCCCUUACACUGGAAACUAUAGUUUCAUUUAG